UCAGACAAACCGUGAUUUUGACGAUCUUUUCUGGACCAAACCCGGCAGGUUUUUUCAGCAGGUCUUCAGCUACUUCCGGCCGGUGCCGGGCAAAGGUCACGAGUCUGCGCACUGCACGUCAUCAACAUGGCGGCGUUUGGUCGCGUGUUGCUGAGGUCGAGACAAAAUCUGUGCUUGCGCUGGUCGUCCUCUACUGUGGAGGCAGCUAAACCAGCAGCAGCAGCUAGUCCUGACAUCACCGAGUUAACACAGGGGCAGAAAAACAAAACACAAAGGUUCAUCAGUCCUGAGUUCAUCAUUCCCCGAGGAAUGAAGGCAGAUUUUCCCACCAAGAACCAUAUGGAGCGGAUGGACAUGCUCCGCCGGCGAUCUGUCAUAGAUAUUCCUGAGUUUUAUGUGGGUAGCAUCCUGUCAGUGUUAACUGCUGACCCCUAUGCACCUGGUAAAUACCAGCAGUUUGUGGGCAUCUGUAUCAAGAGGGGAGGGUACGGGCUUGGGGCCACCUUCACUCUCAGGAAUAUUGUUAAUGGACAGGGUAUAGAGAUCUGUUAUGAGCUGUACAACCCCACCAUCCACCAGGUGCAGGUCCUGAAGCUACAGAAGUCAGUGGACCCCCACAUGGUGUACCUGAGGGACGCCCUACCUGAGUACAGCACCAUAGACUUCAACUUAGAACCAGUACAACACAACCCUGAGGAUCCUGUGCCAAUACUCGAUACCAAGGUGAUCCUGAAGCCCCCGCCGUGGUACUGGCGCUGGGAGAGAGUGGAGCUGCAGGGGAUCAACAGGGAGCACAUGAGGGAGAACCACCUGAGCCAGAAGAGACUGGACAAGAUGGACAAGCACAGGAAACCCUGGAUGGAGUUUGACCUGAUGUACGAGUACGACACCACACAGGUGGAGCAGGACGUCCUCAAGGACAUGCAGUACUUUGAAAACGCGGUGAGGCGGAAAAAAGAAACAGCAGAAAAGGCUGAUGAAGAGGAGAAAACAUAACUAUGGACAAUUCCUUUUUGUGAUAGUUGAAGAUAAACUGAACUGAACUGAUAAUUGAAAUAAUAUAGAAAGAAUUAAGAUUCUAGCUGUAGUGAAAUUUAUCUGAUGAAACCUGCAACAUGAAGAUUGGACAUUGGAGUACUGAACGUUUAUUCUCUUGGAAACUACAUUAAAGAUAAUCUGAAACAACCUUGAUCAUGACUCUUUCUUUUUACAACAACUGUUAUACACUGCUACGAAAUUUCAUCAUAUAAAGCCCUUACUGCCUAAAAAUUAGAUGUGCCUCGUAAACAUUUCCAGUAAAUCUUGAACAUCAUUUUAUACCAAAUGUGUACAUUUACAUAAUGCACACGUCAUCUGUUGAUCAAUAGAAAAUAAAGCCUGUUUUUCUUGAAAAACACUUUCCUUCAGGUACCAG